CCUAUACUGGAGACACAAUGAGAGUGUGAAGAGGAUUGUGCAGGCCUGGCCCUUUGCCUACCUCCCUCUGGGGUCCCUGAUGAAGGAAGGGCAACCACACCAGGAGAACUUCCAAGCUGUGCUCAGUGGGCUCGAUGCACUGCUUGCUGAAGACAUUUGCCCUAGGCAGGGGAAACUGCAAGUACUGGAUCUAUGUCAGAAAACUAUAUGGUCUGGUAGCAGGGAUGGCAUGUGCUCACUGUCCCAGGCCAUCCUGCCAUUGAUGAAGACACAGAUGUCCCAGUGUAGUUCUUGGGAGGAGGAGGAGCAGUUUGUGGAGACGUUCAGCUCUCAGUUGCUCAGUCUACAUCACCUCCAGGAGCUUCAUUUGGAAUCCAUCAGCUCUCUUGAAGGCUCCUUGUGCAGUUUGCUCAGGUGCCUGAGGAGCCCCUUGAAGAUCCUCUCUCUCACCAAUUGUCUGCUUCUAGAAUCAGACUUGAUGAAUUUGUCUAAGUGCCCCAAUACAAGACAGCUAAGGGGACUGUGUCUAAAUAGGGUUAUCCUGAUGGACAUAAGUUCUGAGACCCUGGAAGCACUGCUAGAGAAUGUAUCGAGUACCCUCCAGGUCCUGAGCCUAGAGGAAUGUGGGAUCAUGAACCUCCAACUCACUGCCAUUCUGCCUGCCCUGAGACACUGUUCCCAGCUCACAACCUUUAGCUUUUCUGGGAACCCCAUCUCCAUAAAUGUGCUGUUGCGAGUCGUUCGCCACACCAUUGGACUGACCAACUUAAGGCGUGUGCGGUACCCUGCACCACUGGAAUUUUAUGAGCAUGUUGGAGAUGGGUUGCUUGCUACCCUACAAGCCAAGCUGAUGCAGAUGCUACAAGAGUUGGGGCGGUCAGACAUGGAGUGGCUCAGUGGCAAACCCUGUCCUCAUCGUGAGUGGCCCUUCAGUGACCUGUGGCCCAUGCCCUGGUAGCAUCUACACAGGUAAGUAGCCCUAUCCACAGCUUUGGUCUGGACAUGUGGACACCGAAGCGUACAAAUCACAGAAGCCACAGUUACAAAGGACUGCUCAUGGUAAGCAGGAAAAGGAAAGAUGAUCAGGGAUGCGAGUUAGACAUUGACUUGAGGCAGUUUGGUCAUUGUCAAAAAUAUCCUAAGGCAUUACAAAUGAGAAUUUGAAAUUUUACAUGGGUAGGGUGAUGUAUA